AAAGCUGCUUGAAAGAUGAGAUGAACCGGUUGGUGUGGCUAGUGCCCGCUUCAUCCGAAAGUGGAUAUGCCAAGGAAUUUUCCCUUUGCAAUUUCGUUUCCUUCACCCUUGACUGCCUUCUUCCUCUACGCGUUUCAAGGGCUCACAGCAUGCGUGUUCUCACAAGGACAAGUCCGGCCGGCCGGGAAAUAGAAUGCGGCGAAGUAAAAGGGGUUUGAUGCUGAAGAUAACGGCCAGCUCGGAUGAAUUGCAAUCCCGUGAUGACCAGGCGGGUGUUUUCAGCAGAAUGAUGAGUUAGCAUUUCCAUUUAUCAUUGUAUAUACUUCUCUAGUUUCUGUUUGAAUUCUUGGGACAUGCAGUUACUUGCCGUCAGAAUCAUGGAGACAGCAACCUCAGAAGACAUGCCGCUGAGGCCGACAGGCAACAUGGAGCGGUUCAACAUAAUCCGCAACUCUCUCAAUUUCUACAACAAUAUCCAAGUAUCCGCAACCUACACCAUACCUCACUCAGCCAUCACCACUUACUCCCUCCUCCCAAUUCUUCAAUCAGCUCUGGCUUUGGCCCUGCAAAGUCAACCCAUCCUGGGGGUCACGAUCCAGGACGAAGGCACUCGAGAACCGAAAUGGAAACGACUUGCCUCCAUCAACCUCGAUGAAAUCGUCAAGAUCAUCGAAACAGAUGACGAGUCACAUGACGAUUGGAUCACCACUGGCCACCGAACUCGUCUGGAUCGAGUCGAUGAACUACCAGUAUGGCGAAUAAUCGUCGCUGUUCCUUCUUCUGCCAAAUCCAAAUCCGAAAAGCAAGACGAAUUCUCAUUCACACUAGCAUUCUACUGCCACCACGCAAUAGGAGACGGCCUCUCAGCCGGAGCAUUCCACCUCACCUUCCUCUCCGCCCUCAACACCCUGCUCUCUCACCCCACCUCAAUCACCCCUCAACCCACCAUCUCCGUCCCCAAACUCCCACUAGUAGACACCCUCGAACAGCGCUGCAAACUCCCCAUCUCGCCCUGGUUCGCCAUCAAGAAAAUAGUAGCAGCAUACAUCUACACGCCUCCCUCGCCCCUAACCUUCACCGGGCCCCCCAUCCCCUCCACCGCACCGCUCACGCCGCCCGUUAGCAACCUCCUCACAUUCUCGUUCCCGAACCCCACGGUGCAGAAGCUGCUCUCCAAAUGCAGAGACCAGAAAACUACCCUUACAUGCUUAAUCACCGUCCUAGUCGCGCGACGCCUCGCGCAGGUCCACCGGUCUAGGCACAAGCGCUUUAUGGGCAACAUCCCGUUCUCGGUGCGGAAAUGGACGAAGCAUUCCGCGCUUGAUAUGGGGUGCUAUACAUCUAUGGUCGCGCCGCCAUUUUCGUGCGAGGUAGAGGUGCCUGCUGGGUAUAUUUCUUGCCUCACUUCUUCUGCCCCAGGGAAAGAAGGAGAGGACGAAAAAGCGCUUUGGACGGCAGCUAGACAGUGCAAGGCGUUCGUCGAGGCGGGGACGAAGAGCGAACGGAAUCAAGCGGUGGGCUUACUGGUCUUCGUGUCCGACAUCAGGGGGUUCUUUCUCGGAUUGCUGGGCCAGAAGAGAGAGCAUACUUUCGAGGUGACGAAUAUUGGGGUUUUGGAUGGGGGAAAGAAAGAAGAGGGCAAGGCGAGGUUUGAGAGCGCGACGUUUUCGUCGGCGUUGUGUACGUAUGCGGAUCCGUAUUGUGUGUCGGUGGUUACGGUGAAGGGGCGCGAGAUGAGGGUUGGUGUUAAUUGGGUGAGGGGUGUUACGCCGGAUGGGGAUGCGAGGGGGUUGGCGGGGUGGUUGGAGGGGGCGUUGAGGGGGGUUGCUGAGGGGUAUGUGCCGGGGAGUGGUGUUUAUGAGGAGGUGACUGUCGAUAGAAAAGGUGGUGUUGGAAUGGGGUUUGGUAUUUGGGCUAGUGUAGGAUUGAUUGGAGCUGCUGCUGCGGCGGCGGCUUGGAUGUUGUUGAAGUGA